AUGGCCUUGACCGCAGCAGGCACGACCAAAGUCGACUUGGAGGAGGCAGAGAACGCGUCUCUAGACAGACGCAUUCUGGCUCUAGAAACAGAACUCCGUAAACUCAAACGCGAAAAGAAUGACAGAGCAAAAGUAUCGCGCUUGCCCGACGAAGUCCUCUGCGCAAUUUUCCUAUUCCUGGCAGAGGAUAUGAAGGCUUCGCACAGGAUGGGGCGGAUUACUUGGACUUGUGCCGUCGCGCUGGCUCUCGAUCUUGGUUCUGAGGUCGCAAGUGGCACCACUUGCCAUCAGCAUACAUCCCGUCCACAGAAAAGGGAUGACGCUCUUAAAGAUUGCAAUUUAUUGAAGCAAGAAUCCCACCGACUGCGACUCGUCGAUAUUUACACCACCCAUGACCUGUAUCCAUCCCUCGUCAAGUGGUUGGUUGGCUCCGCUCCACAACUAGAAAGAGUUUCAAUUCGUAUAAUCGACACCGAUGGCUCCUGGGAUCUCCAAGGCCCGAUAAUCAGUAGGCCUACCAAUUUGCCCCGCGAUUUUCUCAAUGGAAAUGCUCCCAAACUACGGGAGCUCGUUUGCAAGGGAUGUCUCCCUUUCUUUUCGGGCUCCAUAUCCAAUUUCGUGAACCUCACCAAACUUCACAUCGAAAUGGACACAUUCCAUAGUUCUGGACGCGAUCCCCUUCCAACCGAAGAACAGGUGGUCGAGACGUUGUCCAGGAUGCCAGGCCUGGUUCAUCUGGAGCUGAGACUUUUCCGACCGCUUGCCAACGAAGCAUCUAUUGUUAUGUCGUCGAACGUUGGAAGACGACCACCCAUGCCACUUCCCCGGCUUACUCAUCUCUCCCUCGCCAGUUCUUGCCUCAGUAUCGCAUCCCUCCUCGAACACCUCCAUCUUCCUGCUUCAAUGAAUCUGACUUUAUGGUGCAAUUACGCCGACGAAAACUCGAUCGGUCAUCUUGCCGAUGCCCUCAGGUCCUCCUGGAUCUCCUUGCCACUAUCAACGUCCUCGCAGACUCCAUCUCAGCUCCCCGUCGAACAACUGGACCUUGGCCUAAAUCCACUCGGGAUAGGGUUCCAUGUAGAGGGUUCUGCAUUCGACGAAUCGACAAGUCAUGAGAAGAUCGCCGCCACAUUUUCCAUCGCCUUCAUAUCUCGCACGACUCCCAUGAUCAACAACCCGAACGUCAUUGUACCAUGGCGCUCAGCGCUGACCCGACUAGCGGUGUCCCCGUGGCCAUUGAACCGAGUGAAGGAAGUGAUCAUAUCGUCACCAAGGCUCACGGCCGCUGGUAGUGAUUGGAUCGACGAGUCAAUCUUUUUGGGGCCGUUCCCAGCGCUGACAACUGUUAGCCUCGAGCAGUGCUCCGGAAACAUAUUCAUGGACGUGCUCCUCGCAGACCCUGUCUUGGACGUCGAAGCGGGCCAAGGGAAUUUGCCAGUUGUGCCGCGAUUUCCUCUUCUGAGAGAGUUGACAUUCAUCGACAUGCCUCGCCGUUUCCCUGGCCAAAUUUUAUGCCUCGCAGACAUAUGUGCUGCAAGAGCUUACCGGGGAUGUCCAAUCGAAACCGUGCAUUUUGUUGGCUGCUCGAGACUCAUCGAGGAGGACAUUGAGCAGUUGAAUUCCCUGUGGGAGGUUGUUCCCUUUGUAUGCUUCCGUUGA